CUCUUUGGAGAGGCGGAAGGAGAUGGAAUGUUGGUCACAAAGCACAAGAUGACAGAGAAAACAUCAGCAGAUGGAGUUGAUGGAGAAACGGAAGAAGAGAGGAAGAGGGAAGAACACCUGACAACACCGGUGAAAACACAAGAGAAAGAAGCAGAUUUAAACACUAUGGGGCCAGAGAGUCCCAAUGAAAUUGGUAGCCCAGAGGCAGGUGGAGCUUGUGACCUCUUGCCUGAAGAUGAAAGCAGAACAGUCCCUUGUUUAGAGGAAAGUCAGGAAUCUGAGCCUGGGCACCCGAUCACCUGUAUGUUCGCAGUCUCAUUGGCUGUCCCACUUCCUCCUUUAAGGAAAUCUUACUCUACUUCAGGAUAUGAUAUCUCAAGAACUGCAUCUAAAACGAAAGUAGGACCAAUUCCAAAAAUGCAUCGUUUUUAUCAUGUGGAGUAUUUUCUUCUACCAGAUGAUGCAGAGCCUCGAAAAGUAGAUUUGGUGAUGUUUGGUUCAAUAGCUAAGAUAUUUCUGGACAGUGAUAAGGAGUCAGGAACUCCAAAGGAGAAUGAGCGCCUCAAGUUGAAAAGGCAUAGCAACCUGCACACCUCAGCUGUAAAACCAUGGCUUGAAAAUGACAGACUAUGGGUGUCAUGGAGUCAUAAUAUUGAAAUUAAUGUCACCAAAGACUUUCUAGUGAAACUGAAAGAUCACAAAAUAAAGUUCCGAAUAUGGGAUAACAGGGAAAAAUUAUGUGCAAAAGCCAGGUUUUGUAAACCAAAGGUAUUUGGAGCAUCACAUUCAGAACAAAUUGAUGAUGAUUGGGUAAAACGUAUCGUUUUGUUUCAAAGAGAACACCUACAACGUACACAACCAAAACCCAGUAAAACAAAAGUUAGAACUGCAGAAGUACUCCCAGUACAAGAAAAAUCAGCAGUCAAAGAUAUGUCAGGUCUUAUUUCAGCCACCAGCAAAGACCAGGAAGAAGAAGGUGAUGCUACUGAAGUACAAAUGUCUGCAGUUGGAGGUGAUUCCUCUCCACCAGCUUCAAAGUUUGAAGAGUUAAAAUCUUUGAGUGUCGUCAGUUUUUCUGGAAGCAUAUCCUCAUCUCUUCAAGAAAGAACUAUCCGGGAGGCUAAACAUAUAAAGCAGAAAUACAAUUCUAAUAAAACCCCUAAACAGUCAAGUUCAGCAAAAUCUGAUGGGGAAAAGGAUGCAGAACCAGGACACAAGAGGAAUAGACUAAAUUCAGUAAGUGUACCUGAAAAGAGAAGAAAAUCAAAAAGCCUUCCUGUUGCUGUGGAAAAGAAACCGGCACCUCGAAGAACACCCCCUAAAGAUAUUGCUGGACAAGUCCAUUCGAGGAAAUUUGGAAUAGCGUUUAUAGAGCUGAACCUCAUGCCCCUCCUGUCAGGAGAACCUUGUGUGACCAAUCAACUGGAAGAACAAUCCUCCAAAAUUUCUGAAUUGUACCUAAGUUUUUCUUUGGAGGGACCUCUCAUGACUGACAAACAGAAACAAGAUUUAAAUCCACUGGUCAUUAAAAUUAUGAGUGCAAAAUGUUUACCAGACACCCCAGUUUCCAUUGAAGAGUUGCAGCGUUGGUGUGAUCCUGUGUACUGCAAGUACGCAUUCCACAACUUGCCUCCCCAUCAAACACGAGGUUGCAGUCAUGGAACUAAUGUCUUCUUUAUGGACAUCUAUGUGAUUCUGGCAGGGACAAUGGAAACUCAAGAAUUGCGUGAAUAUCUAAGAGGACCUCCAUUGGAGAUUGAAGUUCAUGACCGAGACAAGAAAAUAGAAACGAUCACAAAAAAGCCUUCACUGUUUGGCGAUGAGCUAGGUGACAGUAGGCUAGCUCAUUUACAUUCUCCCACUAUGGUCCAGAACUCUGUGACAGGCAAGGAGAAAAUAUGGCAUCCAUAUGGGGUAGCUAAAAUCAGCUUGACAGAAUUAUUGCUGGGUGAAAAGCAUUUGAAUAUCUGUGUACCAAUUCACUGUUGUUCAGUUCAAGAUACAAGCAUCUGCCCAACAGAAAAUGCUAACGCGAAGUCCAGAGCAACUGGUGGCUCUUGGCCUGCUCAGCUACCAAUGGGACAUUAUUUAGAUACAGAAGCUCAUCUUAAAGUGAGAGUUGAUAUCAGUAUACCCUUAGAUUCUGAAGAUGAAAUUGUUGACACAGGAUAUUGUCCUUAUGGUAUCAUCAUCUAUAUUUUUGACUACAAAAACAAGUCACUGCUCAAUUAUUUGCUGCAAGAGAUCACAGAAAUUAAUGCAAAAGCUUUGCAACUUGAUUCUUAUCCCCUCCAUAUAAUUCAAAAAUCUCUUAAUACAUUAAAACUGGCUGGCAAGUUUUCUCCAGAAGAGAUUUUACAAAUGGACAUUAUUACUGGAUUUCACAUGAUGGAUGAAUCCAUUCACCUACUUGUUGUGGAAGGUUUGAAGGACAAAGCACUUGAGAAGAUGUGGAAUAAAAGAAUAGAUAGAAUGCAGGAAGCUAAGAUUGGACAAUUAAAAAUAUUUUAUAAUUCCCAGCUGCCUUUCCAUCAGCGCUUGUAUGUAGAACUUGAAGCAAUCUUGUUUCAUAUUCAUCUCUGCAAACCACUCUCAAAUAUCACAAAACAGCCUUUGCUGUAUAUCAGGGACAUGGUUCCUCAGCCCUGCUUCCAAGCUCUGUCCAGGCUUGAUUACAUCUGCCACAGCAAGAAGUUAAGGGAUGUGAUACAUUAUGAUCUGUUGCCCUCUGCAGAAAUGAUCAUUUCAUUGAGUCAGGAAUUUGGGAUUCCCUUAGCUAAAGAUGACCUGAUCGUUCAGCAGCCACCAGAAAUCUUGGAGAUAUACAAGCAUCCAACAGUCUUUCAGAGAAAACAAAAAAGGCGCUCCCUUUUGGAUAACCAGAAUCAAUUGUACAUCCAGAGGAAAAAGGAAAUGGAAAGUCAGGCACCACAAGACUAUAUUCAGAGUAAUGUUGAGAAUGUGAACCUGCUUAGUAAGAUGAUACAAAAUGAGACCCCUAGUGUUAUUAGAGCUUUCCCUUCUGAUGGAAAGUCCAUCUUUAACUAUAGCAUUCAGAAAUUGAAUUCUGCAGAAAUUGCAAAGAGCCUGCUUCGUCAAGAGAUGGCACAGGAACCAGGAAAAAGGUAUGCUUAUUCUCACAAAUUUAUCUCUGGCAUGUUUGACCCAGUGGAUAAAGAGUGUGCACAAAAGGAAUUCUUUGCCCUUUCCAAGAAGAAGUGGCGAACACCACAAGGGUUUGUAUUUCCUGGCUUCAAGAGCAGUUUUGAAUCCAAUAUGCAUCAUCAUAUGCCUGAUCAGGCACGAUUAGAGGAGCUAAUGGAGAAAUGGGAAGAGAACAUUCUUCACAGAAGCAUUUUAAAGCCAGUGCUGGAUCGUGACAGAUGGACUUGGGACGAACGGAAAUUUGAUUUUGACCUUUACUCAAAGCCUUCAUAUUCCUUUGUGGCCCUUGAUACUCAUGUUAUUGAGCAUCAAAACGACGCACGUUGCAACACAGCACUCAAAGUUCACAGAUGCUGUCCAGCAACAGAGCUUAUCUCCCAAGGACCAAAAGCCAGCUGCCAGCUAGCCCGUAUCCAAGGCCUCCUCAAAGAUAAACCAAUGAAAUUGGCCUUGAAGAGCCAUGUCAGAGCUAUACAGGAUAUACCAGCCGUGGGAAGUAUAGACAGGGUAGAGAGUGACAUCUGCAGAGGAUUCAUCCCAGGUGGUGAUGAUUUUCAUAGCUUGAAGUGGAAUGGAAAUGCGAUUCCCUGCCACGACAGGGAAUGCAAUAUGUUUAAAACUUUGAAAGGAGCAGACUUCAGAUUGCAUUUUGACAACCAUUCAUUUAACUACAAGAGGAAACAUCCACAGAGAUGGCUUUUGACUAAUGAAAUGUUAACAUCAGCUGUUAAGGAGGAUAAAGCAUUGACAGGAUGUGGAGAGACAUUAAGAACUUCAAGAUUUUGACUGAUGUUUGUCAAAGGAGAGCAAACUGAUUUUAAGCACUUGUCUUCAGUGCUGUUAGAGCCUGAUUAUGCCACAAUACUUAACGACGGUGGACUUUUUAAAGAAGUCUCCCAUAAUUUACACUUACCUAUCCACUAUUUUAUAGUGUAAAACUUUUAACAACUUACUUUCUAUGUUGUGCAUUGGCAUGCAUGUGUUAGUAUUUAUACAUGUUUGUUCUGGGUUCUGCUAGGAGAACAUAAAAUUGUGCAUUUGUGACAGCUCCAAAGUCAGGCCUGAUGGUAGUAGACCUCCUCUGUUUAGCAUCAUCCUAUCACAUACUCAGCACACACAGUCUUUGGAUUAUGGGCACCAUUUACACGAUUUAUGGCCCUAUUACAUUUUCUCUGAACUGAGAUAAUAACAGAAUCUGACUGUUCAUAGGAUGCUUUCGCAACACAACACAUGCUACAUAUAAAAAAGUACACAUGCAAAAAUAUCUGGCUGAUGUCAAGAGUCAAAAAGUAUUCCAGAACUCACAAAAGGAAUUCUAAAUUUCUCCACAUCUGCUUAAUACACUGUCAUUCAUGCUGAAAAGUUUGAUUACCACAUUAGUCACAGUUAGAGAAACCACAGGCGAGCUCACCUCGUGAUCAUGAUUCCGCAAACCAAUACUGAUGGAUCGGCUAGCUCUAGAAAUAACAGCUGUCAUUGCAUACAGAUUAAUGAGGAUGUCUGCCACUCUUUUUAGAACCAUCUGCUCAUCCACAAUACUCUGGCAACAAAAACAAUGUACACCCAAUAGUUUAGUCAGGUAUUAUUCUGAAUCGCUGCAUUGUCCAGUGAACAAACAGUACAGCAGGCUUCAAAAAAUCAAUGAGCAAAAGUCAUUGUAUUAUUUCAUUUACAAUUUACACUGCUCUACCAUUCAGAUUGCUGAAUAAAUAUGAAUUGAUUUUCUCUUUCUGACA